AUAAUUCCACAGCAGUUGUGCUAUAAUGCAGGCAUAGACGCCACGGAUAUUCUCAACAAACUUCGACAUCGCCAUGCGAAUGGUGACAAAUGGAGCGGUGUUGACAUAAACACGGAAUCGGUUCGGAACAAUCUCGAUGCUUGCAUCUGGGAACCUGCACUCGUCAAAAAGAACGCCAUCGUAGCGGCUACAGAAGCAGCGUGUUUAGUGUUGAGCAUCGACCAGACAGUGAAGAAUCCUCGUGCCCAGAGUGGUGGUUCUAUGCCAGGUAUGCCUGGACAGCAGUGA